CAGGCUUCAGUGCUGCUGUGCGUCUGCAGAGGGAAGGAGGUUAUACAACGGUCUGAGAUUUCUACCCGCAGCCGGACCGAGGCAGCAGCAGAGCGGCAGAGCCCCUGGAAGUCAGUGGAGAGAAAAGGAUAUAGUUAUCCGAUCAUUGCUUCGUGUCGUCAAAGGAAAGAGAUGAUGGAGACCAAACUUUUGGCUGCUCUUUGUGCGCUUCUCGUCCUCAGCUUGGGGUCUGCUGACCACCAUGAGGGAAACCCCGAUGCUGGUUCUCCCACGUCAGCAAGCAACAUUGAAGAAGACAUUGAAAAAGAGAAAAAUGGUGAGAGUCCCUCCAGAGAAUUGGUGCCUGAUCCUGGCCCGGACUCCAGCGGUCACGCACAGAACAACUCUGAUAUCAACCCACCUUUCAACGCCACCAGCAACACGACGGCAGAAAACCUAACCGUUACUAUCACACCGCGGGAAGAAAAUGCGACCACAGUUUCUCCCGUAACGGCAGUUUCACACGAGAAUGAAAGCUCAACGACCCAGCCGCCAUCUCAGCCCCCAGCUGUUCCCUCGGAGAGCCACUCCUCCACCCCCCACCCUGUAUCAGUUACCACAGCCCUCACCACACCUUCAUCAAACAACAGCAAGUCCAAUCACUCCGGCCCUGUUUCAACGACAAAGCAGCCCACUGAAACCGAGGCGCCCUCUUCCACUUCUACCCAAACACCUGAGGAGCAAAAGCCCGAAACGUCCUCUGCCACCACCGCUACCACGACUGCUCUGUCCGGCUCGGCGUCCAGUGCCGGCUCAUCUCACACGCCCACCGCCUCUCAACCGUCCACCAUCACUUCCCAGUCCAGCACCAUCCCUCUGACUUCCACUGAAGCACACCUGAAGGCCAGCACCACCAGCGCUUCUCCCAGCGGCACCUCCAUCCAGGCUAGAACCCACCCCGGCAGCCCAUCCCAGCUCAACAUGGGGGGUGACUCAGCUCACGGCCCUACCACGUUAGACCCCCUCCUGGCUGGCCUGGUGUCAGCCUUCAUCCUCACUGCCGUCGUCAUCACUCUGCUCCUUUUCCUAAAGCUCCGCCGGAGGAACAACAGACCAGAGUUUCGCAGGUUGCAGGACUUACCCAUGGAUGACAUGAUGGAGGAUACUCCACUCUCCAUGUACAGCUACUGACGGAGUCUCGGCAGAACUUUCAGCACCCAAACAUCCUUCUUCAAUCCAGACUCGAGCCAGUGUUUUUGUUGAACCUGGUCUCUACUCCCUAAUCUGUACCAAACAGAGAGAAGCCCGGGUAGGUGUGAGCAUAUUCCUGGAUGGCUCUCAUCUUUCCACAUUAUUGGCAUCCACAACGGCAAAAAAAGACAUGACUGAAACUGCAGUCGACAAUGAAGAUAAAACCCACGAUGGAUCCCUUUGGAAAAAGUCAGUUUUUUGGGCUUUUUUUUUACUUUGGGCCUGUAUUGCAUGUUAAUCACCUCAGUCCAUCUUCUGCGGUUAUAGAUGAUGUUUUGUUUCCAUGGAAUUCACAAGAGUAGGUUUUAAAGCAGGAGGAAACAGGUUCACAUAGAGUUGGAUUGAGCCUGUCGUGCACCCUGGAGGUGCCGGUCCGAUUUCCCUCCGCCGGGACAAGUCAGGCAGAAAUGAAGGCCAAAUAAAUCUGAUGAUGAUGGCUGUGCAAAGAAACUCACAGGCUGAUUAUAGUGUUAACAAGGUUGCACUUUACUUUUUCAGGAGUAAGGAAGAAGAAAAAAAAGAAAAAAAGAAAAAAAUAUUUUUUGUAAGAGGAAAAGUUACAUUUUGUGUGAGUGCAUGUGUGUGCAUGUGUUCAGAGUGUAUGAUGAUGUUUAUGAUGAUGUACUUGAGGCACAGCUAUUUAAGUGUUGCUUUUCGGUGUAGGAUCCACUGCCUUUAGGUUUGUUUUUUUAUUUUUUUGCUACUUUUAUUUCCUGCAGGCUUUAGUGCAGGAAAAAGUGCCUUGCGCAGCAUAAAAACGUCUCUUGCUGAAUUCUGCUUUUAUACGACAGACAAACUAACUUCCAGAUUUACCAGUCAUUCCCAAAUCUUUCCUAUUCACAUUUCAACACUCUCAAGGGGACAUAUCUGUCCUGACUUGUUGGCGCUUGAAGACAAGCCUCGAGCAUAACGUCCACGAGGCACUCCUUCACACAAUGAUGGCUGCAGACUUACGUUUCCUCAUAUCAGUAUCGUCCUAUGCAUUGUAAAUACUACUGAUGGUUUUAAUUAAAAUUCCUCAUCUAGAUGCUGCUUGGGCAUUGAUCACACACAAACGUAUUCGUAAGUGGUCAGACCUGGUAAAACCCUGAUUCUAGUAAGCAAGCUCCCAAAUACUCCCCUGAUUACAGUCUGUCAGGCUGGCUUUAUACUUGCUCUGCUGAUCUGCAGGAAAAUAUGAGUGGAAGUGUGAGAAAUGCAAAAAGAUGCUGACCAUUCCUCCUACUGACUCAAGUUUGAGUACGAGCUCAAUCUGUGUUUUUAAGGUUUGAUUUUCAUGCCACUAAACAAUGAAACUGCAACAUAAUUCAUGAGCCACCAGAACAGAUACUGAUAUUUUGUACGCAUCAGUGGAUGCAAUGCAACAUUUUGGGUGAUAUUGGUGGCUACUGUCUAAGCGGUGCAAAGUUCAAGUGGAAGUUCAGUUGGGCUGGGAUGUGGGGGAUGUGAAGGCCAUAGCAAACCAUUCAUGUUGAUAUUUUUCAUUUUCUCUGUUGAAAGAGUGUGUGUAAGUUGUAUAUUGACCUUUUCUUAAAGUGUUAAAAAAGAGCUGAAUGCAUUGUGAAGCCUUGCUGCCUCAUGUGAAUCACGGACAGUUUAAGAUUAAAGGUAUUUUGAAGUCCA